AUUGCAACUGAAGCAUCCCUCGAUUUCUCCCCCGAACUUCAUCCAUUACCCUCAAAUUUCCACUCAACAUCGACAUGGAGUCCACCGCUAAGGCCACCACCAACCAGCCUCAGGCUGCCAUUCAAAUGAGCGUCGUGAACCCUGCUCCUGCCAACAACAAUCAGAACCACCAGGAGCACCACGCUAAGCGUCUCCGUGGAGGAGGAGCUGCUAAAGACUGCUUCAUCGGUGCCCUCGAGUGUUUCCUGUGCUUCGAAUGCUGCAAGGUGAUUGGUGGAGAUAGUACCUCUUUCGGAGUUAAUCUAACUGCGACUUUUAUUUCAGGACUGCUGCGAAUGUUGCGCAGAUAUCAUCUGCUGCCCUUGCGAGAUGUGCUGUUAAAUGCCCUCCCGCCUUAA